AUGAAAAAGAAUUUGAUUUUGAAUAAGCUGCCUAAUGAGCUUCUGAUUGAUAUAGCCACUUCCCUCCCCGUUGACGGUAUUUUCCAUUUGUCACUCACUUGCAAGGCACUCCACCAACUUGUGCGCAAGCACCAAGAAAUUAUUUACCACUCUAAAUGCAUUGAGCUCGGCUUUGCUGGUCUCCAUACACAACUGAACCAGCUCAACACAGAGAUACGCAAGCGUGACUUUCUCAGCCUAUCGAUAAAUAGUAUCAGCGAUUGGAAACAAUACUGUCUAUUUACAGUGCUGCAGAAUAAUCUAUGGCCUUCUCGGUGUUUAGAACCCCUUGGCACUAUCCAUCACUUGGAUCGUGAAGACUGCAGCGUUUGGCGAGUAAAGGUGGACACUAAACUUAAGCUCUUCAUUUACACCUCGACCUUGGGUGGAUUGCUCGUCAAGUCUGCACAAGACCCUCAUACCCUACUUGAUUUCAAUCGCACUGUCUCACCAUUUGCACAUCUCGAAUACUAUAAAGAGAACGACAGUGAAGGCUAUGCAAGUACUCAUGGCUCUAGGCUAGAUAUAUGGAAGGUAUCCAAGGUUGCUGGAGCUGUCAAGCUAGACCAUGUGACUCAGGUUAAUGUCCCUUUCACAACACGCGCCUCUAGGAUGAAAUAUGGUGUAUUGAGUGUCGCAGCAGCCAACGGCUCACACAUAGGUUUAAUUGAUCCCAAGACUGGUGAGUUAACAAGAGUAAUCAACACUAUCCCCUCUAUACCAAGCAUGCGCAUGAUCGGCUAUAUCGAGCAAACUGCGAAUGAGAUCCUCAUCUGCAGAGGUAGCACAAUUGAAAUAUAUUCCAAGCUUGAUGGCUCCUUAGUCGCGAAAAUAACUUCAGAAAGUAUUAUUAAUUCAACGUACUUUCUCGAUAAGGAAGAUAUUGCUCAACUGUCAAGUGAAGAUGUUAUCGAGGGAUUCGGGCUUUCUUUCCAAAAUGUUGCUAUUCUCAACCCACAACUAUCAAAUGACAUUGGUAAUAAUGAUAAUGAAACCAAUACUGUGGACUACAGUAGGAAUUACAAUAUGCUCUCAAUUGACGAAGACGAGGCUUUGCGCGACGGUAUCCCAAUCAGAGAUGAUUUUAAUGGUGUUAAUAGAGCACUCGAGAUGCACGAUGAAAAUGAAGAAAUUGAUAUAUUUGAUGCACUCAAUCAAAAUCUAAACUGGGAUGCUGUUCAUGUUGAUGCGAAUAAGCUGGUUGCAUAUUCUUCAAGUCGUAUUAUGAUAGUGAAUGACUACGCGCAAACUUUAAAUGGUACAGACAGUAGAAUGUUGAUUCAGCUACCAUCGACUACUGACGACGAACCUUCACCAAUGUGCUUCGAACACUCACGAAUGAUUUUUGUGUUGGGUGGACGUCUAUCUAUACUACCACUCCACGAAGAUGUACCAUCAGUCAUUCACAUAUCCCAUGCGCACUCAGAUGAUCCACCAUCAGCUUUACAGGCGACAGAAGAUGCUGUCAUAUUAACAUCUUCAGAAGAAGAUGACACUUAUGAUUGGCCUCACUGUCAGAAGAUUCGUUGGCUGGAUCUUUCUCCCCCAACAACAUUUGCUGAUUAA